AUGGCGGCGUCCAGUAACGCGGAGCUGUCUCCGGAGAAAACGACGCCGUUAAAGAUACCCAAAACCGAGGUGCCGUCCCCGGAGUCGGAGGACCUGAGCGACAGUAACCAGUACCACUCCGACCCCUCGACGCCCAACCGCUUCUCGCCUCUGAACGUGGGCUCCGGGACCGCGGGCAGGACGGCGGCCUCGUCCUCCUCCAACAGCUUCACGGCUUGCCGAGGGAUGUCAUGGACGCCCUCCGAGACCAACGCGCUCAUCGCGGUGUGGGGCAACGAGAGGCUGACGGAGGCCCGGAUGCAGCAGCUGGAGGUGGCCGGCACCGUGUUCUCCGGCAAGGCCCCCGGUCCCGCCAUGUACGAGCGGGUGUCCAGAGCCCUGGCGGAGCUGGGCUACGAGCGAACCCCGUCCCAGUGCCGGGAGAGGAUGAAGCCGGCACGCGACCCUGUGGCGUCAACGGUCGCGAGCCGUCAACGGCCGCGAGCUUCCGGAAGCAACAUGGCGGCGUCCAGUAACGCGGAGCUGUCUCCAGAGAAAACGACGCCGUUAAAGAUACCCAAAACCGAGGUGCCGUCCCCGGAGUCGGAGGACCUGAGUGACAGUAACCAGUACCACUCCGACCCCUCGACGCCCAACCGCUUCUCGCCUCUGAACGUGGGCUCCGGGACCGCGGGCAGGACGGCGGCCUCGUCCUCCUCCAACAGCUUCACGGCUUGCCGAGGGAUGUCAUGGACGCCCUCCGAGACCAACGCGCUCAUCGCGGUGUGGGGCAACGAGAGGCUGACGGAGGCCCGGAUGCAGCAGCUGGAGGUGGCCGGCACCGUGUUCUCCGGCAAGGCCCCCGGUCCCGCCAUGUACGAGCGGGUGUCCAGAGCCCUGGCGGAGCUGGGCUACGAGCGAACCCCGUCCCAGUGCCGGGAGAGGAUGAAGACCCUGAGGCGCUGCUACAGCCGGGUGAAGGAACACGGCAUCGGGAAGAGGAAGAGCAGCUACACCAUCGAGCAGCUGGAGAAGACCCUGAGGCGCUGCUACAGCCGGGUGAAGGAACACGGCAUCGGGAAGAGGAAGAGCAGCUACACCAUCGAGCAGCUGGAGAAGGUUUUCGAUGAAAUCCAGAUGCCUAAAAGCAGAGCUCUGCAGAUUCAAGCGGAACUGUCGGAGCAAAUCCAAAUUCAUGUCCUUAACAAGCAACAACAAAAGGCCAAACAAAAGAGACGGAAAACCGAAAACCUGACUGAGGACGAACCCAAACGGACCCGAGAGCAAAGUCAAAGGGGCCACAUGUGCGGCGGGGUUUGA